UCUGGCAACCCUGUAUGUCGUCAUCCCUACAGUAAUGGCAGCGCCCUCGUGUAGUGCAUGUGCGUGAGGAACAGUUUUUAUGAGUUACAACCGCUUACAAAGGUGAUCAUUCUAUAAAGAAAGAUGAAGACCAAUAACAUGAAGGGGAAAAAACACUUUGGACCUUCCAAAAGGGGCAUCCUUGUAAGGGGCAAAUGGAAAGCUGUGGAGCUUGAUCCCAACAUUUUUGCCAAUGAAGCUAUGGGAGAAGUGGUGUGUUUUGAAGAGCUCACAGAUUACUCCCUGGUUGACCCUAAAAAGGCUGCUUCCAUGACUGGGCAGUUACAGGACACAACUGCCAAAAAAAAGCGAAAAAAUAAGAGAAAAGCCAGUGAAAUUGAAGCUGAAGAUGAAGAUGAAGUCUCACAGUUGCCUUCUGAAGACAGUUCAGGUAAGGUGCGGAAAAAGAAAAAGAAGAAACACGAGAGUGAUGAUGUACUCACAUGUGAUGAUGACGACAACAUAGAGAGUUUAACUGAAAAAGAAGACGGCCAGACACUACAAGACUUGGAUGAUUCAACUGAGAUUACAGCAGACACAACGCAAAAAACCAAGAAGAAAACAAAGAAGAAGAAAAAGAAGAAACAGAAAACUGCAGUACAAACUGAGACAGAUGCCCAAGCAGACCCUGCUAAGGAGGUUCUGGUUCCAUCUAAAAGAAAAACAAAGAACUGGGCAGAUGCAGCUCUCUCAAAAACAGCAGGGCAAGAAACCGAUGUAUCGGGAUGGAAAGACCUGUUUGUACCCGAACCUGUGCUAAAGGCUCUGAGUAAGCUUGGAUUUUCUGCACCUACACCGAUUCAAGCUCUCGCUCUUCCUCCUGCCAUUCGAGAUCACCUGGACAUUCUGGGUGCAGCAGAGACAGGAAGUGGAAAGACUUUGUCUUUUGGAAUUCCUAUGAUCCACCAUAUAUUACACUGGAAGGGAACCAUUGACGAUAAAAAUGCAGAAAAAUCUGCUUCUGCGGCGAAAGUAAAGAGUAUUUAUUUGCCUUCGGUAAAUGCCUCAGAAGACGAAUCUGAGACAGAUCUGUCCACAGAAAAGAGCAGUAAGUCUAAGGGGCAGCAGUCAAAUAAGACUGGUGGAGACUUGACCAACAAAGCAUCAACAAGCACAGAGAAAGCCUCUAGUGCACAGAACGACAAUACAGAUGAUGAACGUGAGAAUCCUACCGAGGAUGACGAUGGUAGUGUGGACAGUGGAAAUGAGGAUGAAAACUCUCUGUCAGCUGGAGGUGACGAGGAAGGUGCGAUCCAGAGCACAAGCUUUAAUACAAAGCAAGUAGAUAAUCACGGGAAACAGCCUUUACUUGGACUUGUUCUCACACCAACCAGAGAACUGGCAGUGCAAGUCAAACAUCAUAUUGAUGCUGUUGCACAGUUUACAGGUAUAAGAACCGCUCUUCUGGUGGGUGGAAUGGCAUCACAGAAACAAAAUAGGAUGUUAAAACGCAGGCCAGAGAUUGUAAUCGCAACACCAGGGCGCCUGUGGGAGAUGAUUCAGGAUAAACAUCCUCAUCUGUGCAACCUACGGCAACUCAGGUGCCUAGUCAUCGACGAAGCUGACCGGAUGGUUGAAAAAGGUCAUUUUGCUGAGCUUGAGAACUUGCUAGAGAUGCUCAACACAUCCCAGUUCAACCCGAAGAGACAGACCUUUGUGUUCUCUGCUACACUAACCAUGAUCCACAGCCUCCCUGCCAGAGUGAUGCGCAAAAAAGGAAAGAAGCUGGAGCAGCGCACCAAGCUGGAGGUGCUUAUGGAGAAAGUAGGGAUCAAAGGCAAGCCUAAAGUGAUCGACCUCACCCGGAAAGAAGCCACGGUAGAGACACUGACUGAAACCAGGAUCCACUGUGACAAGGAGGAAAAAGAUUAUUAUCUCUACUACUUCCUGUUGCAGUACCCUGGGCGCACUAUGGUCUUCGCCAACAGCAUUGACUGCAUCAAGAGGCUUAAUUCAUUAUUAACUAUUUUGGAUUGCACCCCGCUGCCACUUCAUGCUAAUAUGCACCAGAAACAACGGUUGAAAAACUUGGAAAGAUUUGCGGAAAGGGAGAGCUGUGUCCUUCUCACAACGGAUGUUGCUGCUCGAGGGCUUGACAUUCCCGAUGUUCAGCAUGUCAUCCACUAUCAGGUACCACGAACUUCUGAGACAUAUGUCCAUCGGAGUGGACGUACAGCUCGUGCUGCAAAAGAGGGUCUCAGUUUGCUCCUGAUUGGUCCAGACGAUAUGAUGAACUAUAAGAAGAUUUAUAAGACGCUGGGCAAAGACGAGGACCUUCCAAUGUUUCCUGUUGAGAGCAAGUGUAUGACUGCCAUUAAGGAACGUGUUGAUAUGGCAAGAAAAAUAGAAAAGAUUGAAUACUAUAACAGCCGACAGAAGCAGCACAAUUCCUGGUUCAGGCAAGCGGCGGAGGAAAUGGACAUAGACCUUGAUGAUGACUUGCUUUUGGGAGGAGACAGGGAUGAAGAGAAUGAAAGAGAGCACCAUAAACAUGUGAAAGGCUUAAAAAAACACUUGAAGCACCUGCUCUCCCAGCCAGUCUUCAAAGCCCACAUGAAGACUAAAUACCCUACUCAGAUGGGCAAACUUCAGCUGCCUGAGCUACCUUUGGCCAAUGAAACAGCUCUUAUCAGUGUGACCAAACAGAAACACAAACAACAGGAACGGAAAGGAAAAAAGCAAAUGUAGUCAUAGAUGUUAGAAGGUGAUAUAACUUUUAUAAAAAAUAGCAAGAUAUUGUGUUGAUUAGUGGUAGUGCAGUUGUGUAUUUUUUUAUACAUUGUCACUAAAACAGAAUUUUCUUGUUCAUUGUAAGCAUGGAAAAUAUUGCAUAAAAAUGGUUA